AUGGCGGUGCCAAUUCCUGAUACAUGGUGUCUGUUCAUGGUGGUGAGCAAUUGUACUGCAAGGGCAGUGCCCGAUGCAGCAGUUAAAUCUUAUCACUCAUUGGUUGCUCAUUCUUUCCAUGCAAUUCUAAAGACCUUCGGAUUUAAAUGUGGUGAUAUAUAUGUAGCCCAUGUGAAGAAGGUCAUGGAUAAAUAUCCUUCAAGACAAAUUAGCUCAGCUGUUGAAACUAUGUUGAAGACUGGAAGAUUGGCUACACAAUCAGGUCUAGAUUUACAGCAGCGAGCUGGCUUGACAGUUCAGGCAGAAAGGCUCAACUUUCUACGGUUUUUUUCACAUUUUCGAGCUAUUCAUCGAGGCGCUUCUUUUGCGGGUCUUCGCACUACAAGCGUGCGGAAGUUGUUACCCGAAGGUUGGGGUUUUCUUUGCCCUGUUCACACACCUGAUGGGGAGCCAUGUGGGCUGCUGAAUCAUAUGACUUCUUCUUGUCGUGUCACAUCAUAUUAUGAUUCACAAGGAAAUAUAAGGGACUUCUUCAAAAUACGAUUGUCUAUUCUCAGUGUUCUGGUUGGAGUUGGUAUGACACCUUCAUCGCCAAAGCUGGUUCAAGCUGGCCCUCCUGAAGUUCUAUCUGUUCUUUUGGAUGGUCGUGUUGUUGGCUCUAUACCAUCUGAUAUUGUCGAGAAAUCAGUUUCGCACUUACGAAAAUUAAAAUUGUCUUCAACCUCAGUGAUUCCUGAUGACCUGGAAGUUGGAUAUAUUCCUCUGAGCUUGGGUGGAGCAUACCCUGGUUUGUACCUGUUCACAUGUCCUUCUAGAUUUGUUCGCCCUGUUAGAAACAUCUCUGUUCCGCCUCAGGAAGGUAAUGAUGUUGAACUAAUUGGGGCUCUUGAACAGGUUUUCAUGGAAAUAAGUUGUCCAGAUGGUGGAAAUGGAGGGAGGAGAAAUAAUUUCCUUGCCACUCAUGGAGAGAUUCAUCCAACUGGAAUACUCAGCGUGGUUGCAAGUCUUACGCCUUGGUCUGAUCAUAAUCAGAGCCCCCGUAAUAUGUACCAGUGCCAGAUGGCAAAACAAACAAUGGGUUUUUCUUUACAAUCAAUACACUGUCGUGCAGAUCAAAAGCUUUAUCAUCUUCAGACUCCACAAAACCCCAUUGUACGUACCAGUGCCUAUGAAAAGUACAGCGUGGACGAGUUUCCUUUAGGAACCAAUGCAAUAGUGGCUGUUUUGGCUUAUUCAGGAUAUGAUAUGGAGGAUGCCAUGCUUUUGAAUAAAUCGUCUGUGGAUCGUGGGUUCGGUCAUGGUUAUAUAUACCAGGUAUGCUCUGGCCAGUUGGCAUGGUGCGAUUUUUAUCAAAAGUCAUAA